UACUUGCGGAGAGGCCACGGCCACUCGGUCGUUUGAAAAAGCUCAUGGAGCCCGCGAAUACACUACGGAGACCUUGAGGAGGGAGCCAGGAAAGGGUGACGGCAAAUUCUCAGAGCUGCAGAGUUCUAUGGCUGAGAGUAGGCUCCGGGCUCCCAUCGUAGGGGCUCAACUGGAAGUUUCCAGUUGUCUGGAAAAAUGCCGGAUGAGCUCUGCAGAUGCUGGGAGGCAGCCCUUCUCUGGAAAGUCCUUUUAUCUGGAUCUGCCUGCUGGCAAGAGUCUCCAGUUUUUGACGGGGGCCAUCCAGCAGCUGGGUGGGGUAAUUGAGGGUUUUCUGAGCAAAGAAGUAAGUUACAUCGUGUCCAGCCGCAGGGAAGUGAAGGCAGAGAGCAGUGCGACAGACCACAGAGGCUGCCCCAGUCCCAGCGAGGUCAGGGUGCAGACACCGUCCACGGCCCAUCCGAAGUGCGGCCACCCCCGGCCUCCACAGAAACCCACAGACUCGGUGCCUUUGAGCAGAGGGAAGGAGCUACUGCAGAAAGCCAUCAGAAACCAGGGGAGCAGCAGCGGAGGAGGUGGCGGGAGCAGCAACAGUCUCCUGACCAGUGCCCGCUCCUGGGGAGUGAGGAUCCUGCAUGUGGACGAAAUGAUGAUGCACGUGCAACAGCUGUCUCUUGACGCCUUGCGUGUGAAGAAACAGGGGCCAAAGAAGAAGCCAGAGGGAACGUGUCCAGCAGAGUCAAGAACGCGGAAAGUGGCCAGACUGAAGGCACCAUUCCUCAAAAUUGAAGAUGAGAGCAGGAAGUUUCGUCCUUUCCACCAUCAGUUUAAAUCCUUUCCUGAAAUUUCUUUUCUGGGACCCAAAGAUGCAAGCCCUUUUGAAGCCCCGAUGACCCUGGGCAGCUCGCAUCAUACCAGAGAACCCAAGGACCGAGAGCCAAGCCGGCGAUUGGCCACCCGCACCCCCCCCAGGAGAAGGAAGGGCUUCUGUGAGUGCUGUCAAGAGGCCUUUGAAGAGCUCCACGCGCAUCUCCAGAGCGCCCAGCACCGGGGCUUUGCCCUAGAAGCCCACCCGUAUGCAGAAGUCGAUCGGGUCAUUGCCCAGCUCGGCCACAGCUUUGCUGACACCCCCUCGCAGGCCAGCCUCCCCAGGCAGCCAGGCUCCCCGUGUUCAGAUCAUGACCUGCUGUGUCCUGAGACUCCGCCUCCUAGCCAGCCCUGCCAUCCCAGGGCAGCAUCUCCCAGGAUGAAAGAGGAAGACGAGCAUCAGGCCCCAGGCACUCCAGAGCAGGAUGGGACGGUGGGCAGCAUGAAGGCAACCGAUGAACCUGUGGGGGCUGAGUCCCGUCCUCCUCCUGGAGCAAACAAGCAAUGGGCAGAAGGGACCAAAGUAGCCCUCCAUAGCUGUGUACUGGGGUAAGGAUUCUCCCAGGGAGCCCCUGGUGUGAAGAGAUGCUACCUCCACAGCUCUUGACCUCAGGAGAGAAGGUGGGUGAGAGAAACAGGCAGGCUCCUGUGUGGGAGAGGUGUGAAGCUUGUAGCAGAAGCAACACAGGAGUCACAGGAGCGGGAAGGUGGGACCUCAGCCUCGAGAGUGAGGUGCGCUCAAGGGAGGGUCAAGAUACCAGCUGAGCCUGCUUGAAGCGGCCCACCCAGGGAGAAAAGGGGGCUGUUGGGGGUCAUGGGGCCAUAUAAUUGAGCUACCAUGGGAGCUGGCUCAGAAUACCACCAGAGAAGAACCAGUUUGGGGGCCAGGAAGAACUCUCAACAGGAACCUCAAGGAACCAGAGCCACAGAAAAUGGUAGCAAUGUGCCUCGACCAGGCCCAGGCCACAGACUGAGCAUGCUGUGUGGUCUUGGUCAUGCUGGGGGAGGGGAUCCAGACUCCCCCAGGCCCAGUGCCCUCCACUGUGCAAUGACAAACCCCACCUAUUCUUCUGGGAGGCACACAAGAUUGGGGCUCACUGAUGUGGCCCUGGAACUGGUGGGACAAGAUAAACACUGGUGUCUGGAGGAGUCAGAGAGUGGAAGGUGGGAUAAAUGGCCACUCACUGCCAGCUCUUGGACUUUGGGAAGCUCACAUGGGUACCUCUUUCUUGGAGUCUCGGGUUCCCCACCUGUGAAACGAAAACACUCUCUCCUUCCUGACUGAGUUCCUAAGGAAUAUCACAUAGUAGGUCCUCAUUCCUGGGAGCCCCUACACCCUGAAAGAGGUUUCCUAGAUGUCUCCAGAGUGAAGGACCAAUCGGCUCAGCCUUGCCGAGUAUCUGGGUCUGGAGUGGCAGGUGGUUGUUGGGGGUAGUCACCCCGUUUCCAGCAUUGAUGUCAGCACCUCCCAGGAAAUUGCCUUCUCACCUCUCCUGGGCCUAAAAUAGAGCUGGGGGGGGGGGGUGCAGUCAGGAGCCAGAAACAGCUCCCCCAUCCCAGGCAGAGGCCCUGGGUCCCUAGGGAAGCAGAGGACCCAGGAAGGGAUUCCUUGCCUCCACUCCACUCUGCAGUUACCUGUGGCCUCCCAGUGUAGGUUUGAGGAUGCUCUGGUCUUGAGCACAAGGUCAUGGUGGGACCUCACCAGCAGUGCCCGAGCCCUACCACACCCCCAUCCAUCUCAGGUCUCAGGCUCUUGAGAUCCCUAGCUGAAAUCAGAGAUCCCAGCCCCCCCGUAUGGGUGGGGGUCCAUCUUACCCAGCAGCCCAAGAGCACUAGGGGGCUCAGUGGGAGAAAAGGUUGGAAGGUCAGGUAGGUUUGCAGACAGGGUAACCUUGUCUGGCCAAAGAGUGGAAGACAGAGGGUGGGUGUUUCCAGAGGUGCCUUCUCCUCAAAGAUUUGGGCUGGCAAGGGAGGGGCAGGAAUGAGGUAUGCUAACAGCAUGUAAAUGACCUGGCUAUUUUAUAUAUUUAGGGGAUAGAAUUGGGGUAUCCUGUGUGAGGGAUUCAGGAGCCCAGAGUUAGUAGACCAGCCCUUGCUGGUGGCUCUGGUGACUGCAAUCCCCAAAGCCCUCCUGGAGGCAGGAGCAUCUUUGGCCUGGAAAAGGAGUCAGCAGGAUGGAAAGGGGUCUGGACCCAGGGUGUGGGACGACUCUGCAGUGACCUGCUCUCCUGUGGGUGGGUGAGAGAUCCCUUCGGUCCCGUCGCUGGUCCUCUAAACUUCCCAGCUCUAACAGCCUUCGACCGGGGACCUCGUGUCUGGGUCCAGGGAAACCCCUUCCUGGGUACCACGCCGGAGGGGCGAACCUGAGCCGGCAAGACACGCCCCCGACCCCCGACCGUGCGGUCCCCCAGACUGGCCGCCUCGGGGUCAGAGCCUGGCGUCCCUCUGUUUCCCGCCUUCCCCCCUACAAACCCAGAGGUCCUCGGAGCGAGGGAUGGCCAAGGCAGGGGCCGCGAGACCGGGACGGGCGCGCCCCGCCGUGCACCUGCCGAGGGCCCCGAGGAGCCGCGGGAGGGCCGGUCUCCGGGCGGCGC